AUGCGAAACUUUUUUUUCUGUACAACUACAGAUUUUUUUAUUUCAGUUUGUCUCAAGUUUUUUCUUGGUGUAGUCAAACAAUUUCAUUUUCUGAUGUAUUCAACCAAUCCUAUACAGGUAUUACGCACUCGCACUUACCAAUUCCAUACGAAAUUCAUUUUGUUCUACGUACUUACCAACAACUUCAUACUAUUUUUUUGUACCAACGUAGUUAGUCUUAAAAAUUUCAUCUGCUUGGAGACAACGAACUGUGCUACUUACCAGCGAGGAACCGAGGAAUUACCAUGUUGUACAAUGAAAAAACUCCUCGAGAAGUAAGAAUAUCUUGACUUCAGCAAGUUACCAACAACAAAUGGUGUGCUGAGAAGUGUAGAGUAUUACUUACUCCGAGACAAGAAAAUAUCUUUAAUUUACACACUGAUUGUAAGUUACUAAGUAAGUGAUUAAAUAUCCGAGAUAGAAGAAGUCAUGACGUUGUCCUUCAUCUUGUAGCUUAUUACACAUAUUUCUAGCAAACAUGUAGACCCGAACGCGAAGAUAGAGCAGCAAAGCACCUCGACUUCCUUCAAUCUUCUGAUUGCGAAAUCUCCACCUCACUACUUGAGUGCUGUAAUAUACUUGUAGUCCUUCUUGAUGUCCUGUUCCUGUAGUGGCUACACAUAUAAUCCGCUGGACGGUACUACAUGUCUACCCUGUGGACGGCGAGCAACUUCCUAUCCAAUCCUAGCCUAGACAGAGAGAGAGUCUCCUAAUAUCCAAUCCUUCCUACAGAAAGAGUCUGAGUAUGUAACUUGAAGAUGUCACAGAAGGAGUCACUCUCACUAGAACAAACCUGGACUUCUGCAGGAAACGGCAUCAAACAAAGAGGAGCAGAGCAUCACGAAAGCUGCAAAAAAAGAACUAGAACCUUCGCUUCUUUUCGACGUUACUCAAGAAAACCUGCACACUUCACUGCUUGAGUGAAACGGCGAG